AUGGAGGGAGGGCCUGUCUUCAAUCCUGCUGGCCGUGGCAAAGGCGGGGUAUGGCAGCUUGAUCCGAGGAAUGUCCAACCAAAGCUGUUGGCAAACACCAGGAAUAACAAGAAGCAGAAGGCACAGAAGACACGGAGGGCACAGAAGACACAACCACGUGCACAGACGAGCAUGGUGGCAGCCGUGUUGACCGAUACAGAAGUGGAGGGGUCGGAUUCUUCUUUUACGUCGCCCGAAACUGACAAAAGCUUCGGUGCCAAAGGAUAUGAUGACAAGAACCCCAACAAGAAGCGGCCUCGGGCAUCAGCAACGACAGAGGGCAAGUGGACCCGGCUCCUCAACGCCGUGCAAGCUGCCAUGCACGCGAUGUACGCGAAGAGUUUUCCCAACCCGUCAGCUGCAUUCCCCUUUUGUCCCAUGGACGUCAUAACCGGCCUGCCAAAGCGUAUUUGGUCCUCCCAAUUCUCCAAUUCUCCCGUCCCAGACAACACCAACGCGCAGAAGCCAGAUAUUAUCCUGGUGGAUUGCAGUCUACGCAACAUCUCUUUGCGAUGGUGCAACAUUAUUACGUGUGUCGAGCACACGGAAAGCGAACUGAACUCGACCAUACCUUUGUAUUGUGGUAGCGUCACUAAAGGGUAUCUGUUAAUGCGGGAACAACCCUGGCGCCGGUUUGUCGUGGUCUUCAGUAUCGCUUGCAACAAGCUUCGCCUUCACUACUUUGACCGAUCAGGUCUUAUCAUUUCACACCCCGUCUCCAUCGUUGCAGACUCCGUGCGUCUUCUUGAGGUUUUAAAUACCUUGACGCUCGCGCACACUAGCACCCUCGGUUAUGAUCCAACGAUGCAUAUGUGCGAUCCUACCUGCCAGGGCACACAUCCCAAUCUGAGAGAGAACGCGAAAGGAUGGAUAGAGGGCCCUGAUAAAGCCCAUCUGUCAAUCAUGAGCGUGCUUUGGCGAAGCCAAGGUUUCUUUUCUCGCGGCACCGUUUGCUAUCGCGUUCAGACCUUGGAUGGGUCGGAGUACGCACUCAAAGAUUGUUGGGUCGCCGAGGAUAGGAGAUACCACGAGGUAACCGUUCUCCGGAUGGUUGAAGGCAUCCCGAAUGUGGUCAAGCUCGUGGCCGAUUGGGAUGUCCUCUAUGAUGGGGAACCGGACUGCACAUAUCGUAUUCGAGCUUCCCAUGGUGUAUAUAGCUCUGGGUUCAUUUGCAGAUUCCACCGUCGCCUUCUUUUGACCCCCUGCGGAGAGCCACUUCUGUUCUACUCCUCAAAGCCUGAGCUGCUGAGAGCCUUCCAUGACUUUGUCAAGGGCGAGCAUGUCCUCCACGGAGACUUGAGCCCUAAUAAUUUCGUCAUUCAUGAUGGACAAGGGUAUUUUAUCGACUUUGACCAUGCCGGGAUUAUCACCGAAGGUACCAACAGUUUUCCUUCAGAAGGCACGGGUACUAGGCCCUAUAUGUCGAUCCGGCUUCUCAGGGGGGAUGCUGCUAACGAAAAAAAGCACGGAACGGUCGAACACACGGCAAGCGAUGACCUAGAGUCAUUGUUCUAUAUCUUCGUCGAAUUCGCAACCACCUUCGAUGGGCCACGCGGCGUUAUGAAAGAUGAGGGCAGGAGGCCCAUGUGGGUUGAGAACUUUGAGAAUGCGGGUUCCGGAUUCUGGAUGGCGAAGCAGGCAUAUGUGCUCUCACCUGCCAUCGACAAGUCGUUGAUGGACAAAACAACGCCAUUCUUCGCAUCGUUUUGUCAAAUCAUACAAGAGUGGCGUCAUCUAAUUCUAGCAGCAGCGAGCGACCCGAGCGACACCCCCAUCGGCGUAACUCACACAGCGCUCGCGUCGCUCCUGGCAAAAUGGAUCUCCCAGCUCCCCCCGGAUGCGCCCGCAGAAAUUAUGGUGCCCAUGGCAUCAUCAUCAUCAUCAUCGAGGUUGGGUCAUUUUCCACAUGACAACAACAUCCAAUCAUCUGCGGGUCCUCGCCGUUCUAUGCGCAUCCAACAGAAAGCAUGA